AUGGAAGAGACCAACAACUGCCGGAGCUGGCAGAGCUUCUCUCUGCAGGAACAUGACAUUGAGACAGCUUUCGGAGUGGUCCAUGUCACCAUGCGGGGCACACCCAAGGGGAACAGACCUGUCAUCCUCACAUACCAUGACAUUGGCCUCAAUCACAAAUCCUGUUUUAACGCAUUCUUUAACUUCGAAGACAUGCAAGAGAUCACUCAGCAUUUUGCUGUGUGCCAUGUGGAUGCACCAGGCCAGCAGGAAGGAGCCCCCCCAUUCCCAUCUGGGUACCAGUAUCCCAGUAUGGAUGAACUGGCUGAAAUGCUGCCUGCUGUUCUGACACACCUGAACCUGAAAAGCUUCAUUGGGAUCGGACUGGGAGCUGGUGCUUAUGUCCUCAGCAGGUGUGCACUCAGCCACCCCGACCUAGUGGAAGGACUUGUUCUUAUUAACGUUGAUCCAUGUGCAAAGGGCUGGAUUGACUGGGCAGCAUCCAAGUUUUCAGGCUGGACAACCAACAUCGUGGACAUCGUCUUGGCACAUCAUUUUGGCCAUGAGGAACUGCAGGCCAAUCUAGAUUUGAUCCAAACAUACAGGCUUCACAUCGCGCAGGACAUUAACCAAGAUAACCUUCAGCUGUUCCUCACCUCAUACAACAGUCGUAGAGACCUGGAAAUUGAGAGACCAGUUCUUGGCAUCAAUGAAAAUACUGCAAAAACACUCAAGUGCCCAGCCUUGCUAGUGGUUGGUGACAGCUCACCUGCCGUGGAAGCAGUGGUUGAAUGCAAUUCACGUCUUGACCCAACGAAAACUACCCUUCUGAAGAUGGCUGACUGCGGGGGCCUGCCUCAGGUGGUUCAGCCUGGCAAGCUGACAGAAGCCUUCAAGUACUUUGUGCAGGGAAUGGGCUACAUGCCAGCAGCUAGCAUGACCAGGCUGAUGCGCUCCCGUACUCACUCCUCCUCGAGCGUGGGCUCUGGCGAGAGCGUCCGCAGCCGGUCUCAUACCAGCAACCAUGGUGAAGGAAGUGCUGGGACUCCAGAAGGAAUUGACCUCCAGGAUGCACCUCAAACCAUGGAAGUAUCCUGUUAG